ACGACACCAACGACACCAACGACACCUACGACACCAACGACACCUACGCCAACUCCCAAGGGUCAGAACGGCGUUAAUCGAAACCGACUCAGUAUGCAUGGAGAACCUGGAUCAUUAUCUAACUUCGAUAAAGCCAACGUUAAGAAGCCGAAACCAGACGAGCAAAUUUACCUAAAGGUGACGAUGUGCAAUGGUAAAGAGGCAGAUGCAGUAAUUGUGAAUGGAUCGAAAACCGUUAAAAGUCGAGUUAAACGUAACAAUGAGAACGGCGAACAUAACAUGACUUUAAUCAUUUAUGCAGAUAAAGAAAAUACGCCUAUGAAUAUCACUAUAGUUGGUUAUUCUAUUUAUCCUCCACCAACAACCACUUCUCCUUCAUCACCUCCUACUUCUCCUUCACCAAUAUCCACACAUACACCUACGCAUGCGUUCACGGCUGCAUCCACAACCCCC